CAAUCCCAUUACUCGUCCUAAUCUCUUCCCGUCACCCGCAGAUUUGGGUUCGUUUAGCGGAGAAAAUUCAAAUCCAAUACGUGAUAUUUCGGACGGUUUACCGUAUCCACUAUCCCUGGACGCUGAUUCAAGUUCUCCGCCGUCUGUCGACCGUUGCCUCCCUCGUAGAUUCACAGAACCUGAACCUGUUCCUAGAUCUUCCUCCCUACCCCUUCCUUCCAAAAAAUUAAAAGCAUUAAGUGAUUUCUUUCCCUUAUCCACCCUCACCGAACCGUCUAUUUCAGUCUCUCGCUCCAUCCCUUCUUGACCCAAUAUUUCUUGAACUAGAUGACCCUCAUGGAGCCCAUCUCCAAACCCUCUCAAGAACUUCCCUCCGUCCCCCCUCCUCCCAUCCAAGAAGACCGCCUCCCCUCAGUGCCCAAACCGGCGGCGACGGAGAAGCGAGCCCUGCGGCGGACGAGGGAGGUCCGCUCCAGAUAUUUAUCACCAAUGCCGAUUAAUUCACGAUCGUCCACUCCCAUCCCUUCCUCUGCUUCCCUCUUUUUCUCUUCUGGAGACCCCCUUUUCCCUCACCUCAAGAAACAUCAUCGGCAAGAGAAGCUUCCACCGGACUUGGAAGUCCCUCCGUCGAACACUUCCGAUGCCGGUGAUCUUGAAACGGAACCCUCUUCAUGCUUCGCCGACGAGAACUGGCCGGUGGCGGUGGCGAAACAAAUCUUGGCGACUCCUCUGCCAUUGGUGAUCCAGAGCAAGGCUGUCGGAACGGAGAGGAAACGGGUUGCAAGGCUGUUCGGUGAAAAUGGCGUCAACGAGCAGCAGCCACAGUCCAGAAAGCCGAGGCCUGUCACUCCAAUGAUAAAUGCAGGUGAUCGGGUGAGUUUGAGUAAUAAUUGUACUCCAAAGCCGUCAUCUUUGAAGAGAAUUGUAUCUCAGGGGAGCAAAUUGCCCGGUCUUGUCACCCCGGCUCGAGUGAGUCCUUUCCCUUUGGAGGAAGAUAGCAGCGGUAGGUCGGUCAAAACAUCGUCGGAGAAUUCUUCCACUGAUCCCUCUGAAGCCGAAUUGCGUUGUGCGAGCGGCCAGCAUGAGUUCUGCAAGAACCCUCCACUUCUGGGUCAGAAGAAUUCAGUAAUACGGGCCGGGUCGGAUCACCUGCUGAACAAGUCGGUGAGGCAGUUGCCAGAGAGUGGGGGCUCGGGCAGGCGCGACACCAUCGGGGAUUCUUGUCGAAGGAUGUCAUCCUCUUUCUGCCACCGCUCGCUGAAUUCGGCUCUGUCAAAUUGUGAACAGCCUUCCUUCAAUCCAACCAGGUCUGUCCGUAGACCUCUUGUUGCUUCUUUGAAAUCUCAAGUUAGCACGGCAAGAUCAGUCGCACUUGGUCUGCCUCCCCAACCGCCAUGCACAAAGCUGUGGAUGGACUUGAAGAAGGGAAAAAAGGCAUCGAACCGUCAAGAAGACAUUCAUGCCCUGCGCCUACUCAAUAACUGUUAUCUUCAGUGGAGAUUCAUCAAUGCAAAAGCCCAGGCAGCAGUUCAUGCUCGGACCAUUGCAGCAGAGAAAUCACUUUAUAGCCAUGAAAUUAAGUUAUCAGAACUGCGAGAUUCUGUUGCGGUGAAGAGGAUUGAACUUGAACAGGUUAAAGGAGCAAGGAAGUUGCAAGCCAUUGUUGAAGAUCAAAUGCCAUAUUUGGAUCAAUGGACUGCUGUUGAAGGAGAUCAUUCAAGUUCUUUUUCAGGUGCAGUAAAGGCUUUGCAGGGUGCUUCACUUCGACUUCCAGUCAUUGGGGAUGUGAAGGUAGAUAUCAGUGAGCUUGAUGAAGUUCUGAAAUCUGCACUGGAUAUGCUAGAGGAAUCUUCUUCUUGCGUCGGAAGGUUUCUACUACAGGUGGAAGAGGUGGACAAUGUAAUCUCAGACCUUGCAAGCAUAGUGAGCAGUGAAAGAGCAUUAUUUGAGGAGUGCAGAGAUCUUAUAUUCAUGGCAUAUGAGUUGCAGGUGAAGGAGUGCAGCUUAAGAAGCCAACUAAUUCAACAAAAGCAGAACUGUGUAAAGUGAAGCAAGAAAGGUGUUGAUACUUGAUAGUAUUAUAGUAAACUGCUUGUACAUAAUCACAUUUUUUCCAGGUCUCUACAUUAUGCACGGCAUACCCAUUGUGAGAAGACAAAUUUUUGUAUCAAUUAUACAUCUCAUCAAAAUAAGUGAAGCCAAAAGCAGGAGCUUUCUUGUAUAGAGUUGAUCCAUUCUUUCAAUUUUAGAGGGCCUGAUGGGUUCAAUUAUCGAUUAGAUUUCAGCAAAACAGGUUCUUGUCUGAACAGUAUUCCUUCUAUUAUCUGGCAAAAGAUAUUUUCCAUUGUCACAAUGCAUGGUGAGAUCUUUUCAACAAGUACUGAUGAGUCUACAAAUGGAAAGUUGGUGAGCUAAAAUU